AUGGUGACAAUGUUUUCAAAAACAUGUGGUCGAGCCUUAUGGAUUGAAGAAUAUAUAGAAGAUAGUGUCUAUUAUCAAGAUUAUCAGUAUUUUUCGAUGAAUCCAUACGUAGAAAGAUUAGGUUGUUUGAAUUGCAAUUCGGAAAGUCAUGAAACAAUCGAUUGCAUUUUACCUUCACGUUUUGUUUUUAAGCGUGGAAAUGGUGAUUAUCCAAGGAAAAUGGUGCUACUAAAGUUACGCUGUAAUACAGUUUCCAAUCCACGUCAUAUGUUACCAUAUGAUUAUCCCGUAAAAGGUACUAUAUUACACGUAAAUCGUAAAGAGAAUUGCUUAUAUGUUAGACCACAAAAUUUGGAUGAAAUAUACAGUACGUUGGAAAAUUUUUUAUUCGACAUUCAACAAGUAGUAUUAUGCCCGGCAACAUCAAAUAAAAUUAAUAUUGGUGGCGUUUAUUUAAUACGUCGACAAGGAAGUAAUGUUUUGGCUCGUGGAGUAUGUGCACAUAUGUAUUUUAACUGGCAAAUGGCUACACAAUGGCAGAUGUACCUAAUCGAUAUUGGGCAAACCGAAUUUGUUGAUCAACGUUCGAUUUAUUUAUUACCUGCACAACUUCAUUCAAUGCCACCAAUGGCGGUACCAUUAGUAUUGGCAAACUGCCGUAUUGGUUAUGAAGGUAUGGUUAGCUGUAAUAUGGAUCACUUCUCAAUGCUUAAUAUUGGUUCCACAUGCAUAUUUGCAUUAUCAUCUUCUUAUCAAGGCCAAUCAUUAUCACUAUCAAAAGAUGGCUAUUAUCCGAAUUUUGUGAAUUCAUUCUAUCCGCCACCUCUUUUGGCUCGAAUUUUUGGUGGUACAUCACCACGUGAUGAAAUAUUCUGCAAAUGGGGUUUACCAGAAAUCACUUCUCUCAAUCAUCCAACUUGUCCAUUAUAUUGUCCGUCAACAUUUUCAUUCAAUCGAUUCACUUUAGAAUAUCCGUUACCAGUAACAUUAACUGUACGUGUAACAGAAAAGAUUGACCAAAAUCAUUAUUGGCUUCGUGAUGCUUCUCUUUGUUCAAUUAUCAGCAAGCAAAUAGUAUUGCCAUCUAAUGGUUUAUGGCCAUAUAUUGAAGACAAGCGUUCGUUGGCUUGUAUUGCACAUAUUCAACGACCUGUGCGAAAACAGUCUCGUUAUUAUCGUGCGAUAGCUUGCAAUUUUGAUAAUCAAAAAAGUUGUUGUACAGUAUUCCUCAUUGAUUAUGGUGAGACAUUAUAUUGCGACGUUUAUCAUCUUUACGAUCUCUCUGAUCAGCCUCCAGCAGUUUUAUAUUCAUUUGCUGCAGCAUUUGAGUGUGCCGUAAGUCGAAAGAAUCCAAUUGAAGGUGGAAUUCAUGCUGCAAAGCUUGCGGUGGAUGAACGAUAUAUUAUUCAAAUAAUUGGGAAAGAAGAUGAAAAAAACUACACUGCAACAAUUGAUAUGCAUAUUCAGGCUGAUUUUCAAUAUCCACGAAAUUUAGAUACAUCAAAUGGCAUACUAAUUAAUAAUUCACAAUCAUUAAUGUUAGGUUACAACGAUACGAUUAAUCGAAGUAACGAAAUUUUGGAUAGUAAUAAUAAUAAUAAUAAUAGUAAUAAUAACAAUUAUUAUAAUGAUAUCUAUUAUCAUAAUAAUGAGAAUAAUUCGAUGAAGAUGAGAGGAACAAUGUUUCCAGCAAUUGGUAUGCAGAUGUCUUCUAAUCAAGAAAUUAGCAACAAUUUAAAAGCAUUGGAUCUAAAGAUCAGUAUAAAAUUAGCACAAAUAUCCAGUCGAAUCGAUGAAUUAUUCAACAUUCUUCGUAGCUUACAGUUAGUUAAUGGUACUCCAAAUUUGCUUCCACUCCUGCAAACAUAUCAAUAUAAUGAUGCACAGGGAGCACCAAAAAACAGAAUACAAAAUCAGACAUCAUCAUUUCCUGCAGGUGAUGGAAAAGAUAUUUUCUAUGGUACCAAUUGCCAAUCAUCACCAUUACUUGGACAAACACCCUUUUCAAGAUUUCAAACAGUUACAUAUCCUUCCCAGCAGUAUAUUCAACAGCACCAUCACCAUCACUAUCACCAUCAUCAACAACAACAACAACCACAACAACAACAGCAGCAACAACAACAACAACAGCAGCAGCAACAGCAACAACAACGACAACAACAACAACAGCAACAACCAAAUAUCGUAGUACCAAACGGGCGUUGCUAUUUUCACGGCAUUGAAAAUCAUAGAUGCGCAUUUGCAAACCAUCCAUCUCAAUCUGAUCAUCAAUCUCAUGUCUACACAAAUCAUAUCAAUCAGCAAGUUCAACAGCAUACUAUCAAUUUUACGCAACAAUUUUAUCAACAACCACGUCAAUUACGAGCAAUGAUACCAGGAUGUGCAAUAUGUUCACAACAACGUGAUCAUGAAAAUCAAGCUUUAAGAUCAUGUUGCUUUUGUGGUGCUUAUGUGGAAACUAAACAACGUUGUUUCAUUACCUCAAAUAACACUUCGAUCCGACAUUCAACAAUGUCACGUUUGAAUGCUACACAUUUGCAAUCAUUCACAUAUACAUCAUCAUCACCACAACCAUCAACUAAUCUUCAUGGUACCUCUGCAAUUUCUGUCAAUUCCUCAUCAACGAUUCAUUCAUCAAUUAAGAAUUCAAAUACAUCUUCAAUUGCCGAUAGUCAAUUAUCAUCACGAUCCAAUUCUCCUACUGAUGAUGAGUGCAGAAAUCACGAAUUAGUAGAAAGUCAGAAAGGUAUGAAAAGAAUUCAAUUGGGGUCAAGAAAAAGAAAACAAUCAAUUACUGAAGAGAAUUUCACGACUGAUAUUAAGUCCAUUGAAUCUUAUGGAACUAUAUCCUUCAUGUUGGUCUUCAUCAUCACGAUCGUCAUCAUUAUCAUCAAAUCAUCAUCACUAUUACCAUCAUCAUCAUCAUCGCUAUCAUCAUCAUCGUCACCAUCAUCAUCAUCACGAUCGUCAUCAUUAUCAUCAAAUCAUCAUCACUAUUACCAUCAUCAUCAUCGCUAUCAUCAUCAUCGUCACCAUCAUCAUCAUCAUCGUCAUCAUCAUCGUCAUCAUCAUCGUUACCAUCAUAUCGAUUUUAAAGAAGAACGUGAGAUAAUAAUGAUAAAUCAUAAAUCAAAUUCAACAUUACCUUCAAUUCAAGCGAAGAAAGAUGCCUCUACAUCUCAUUCAAAUAAUAAUAAUAAUAAUAAUAAUGAAACGAGAAAUGAUUCAAGCACUGUUGCAUCUGUCAAAAUUUCCCACGAAGCGGAAAAUCAAAAUAUGCCAGAAUCCUGUUGGAUUUGUGGAAAAGUUGGCCAUCUGACAAGAUAUUGCCAAUCAACACCGCCAACUAUUUUAUUUUUAGCUCAAGAAAUGAAACAGGUACAGCAAAAGAAAGCAACUGAUAAGCCACGUGAUGAAAAAGGAAGAGUGCUGUAUACGAGUGAUGAAUCUUCUGACGAUGAAUUGAAUUAUCUAACGAUGAAUUGCGAUUCUGAUGACGAUGUUAAGAAGAUGAAGAAUAGCCUAGAUUUGGAUCAUGAUAUUAAAUUGCUAUCGGAUGAUGAUGAUGAUGAUAAAGACGAACCACUAAAAUAUAAGAUGGAGAAUAACGUAAAUCUGGAUCAUGAUAUUAAAUUGCUAUCGGUUGAUGAUGAUGAAAAAGACGAAUCACUGAAAUAUAAGAUGGAGAAUAGCGUAAAUCUGGAUCAUGAUAUUAAAUUGCUAUCGGAUGAUGAUAAUGAUGAAAAAGAAGAAUUGAAAAUUGCACUAAAAUAUAAGGCUUAUUUUUCUCAUAUAAAUGUAGAAUUUGGACAACGAUAUGCAGUUUCACGAUCAGACGAAGAUAUAGCAUCAUCAUUAUGGCCAUUAUUCUUCGUGCAAAUACAAUCAACUGAAUGUCAACAAAUAUUGGAAGCACAUUUAGAUUCAUUAAUUGCCAAUACUCCACUUGCUAAUGCGGAAAUGGUCAUUGGCGCAUUAUGUGUCGCAUAUUGUGAACGUUUUGAUGCAAAAUUUCGUGCGGUAAUAACAGCGAUAUGUGAAAAUCUUGUUGAAGUAUUUUACAUUGAUUAUGGUAAUUAUGAAUGGGUUGAACAUAAUACAUUGUGGUCAAUUGCUGACCAGGAUCAAACAACAAUUACUCACCCCGGAAUGGCUAUUCCUUGUAUUUUAAAUGUUUAUGAAGAAGAAGAAGGAAUAGCUUCAUGUUUGUCACGAAAUGAUAUUAUUAAAAUGAAAUUAGCAGUUAGUUGCAAUCAAUGGGGUUUUUAUCUCAAUUUCCGGAAACAACGUCCGGAUGGUAUAUGUGUUGUGGAAUUGGAGACGGAAGAAAGAAUCGAUUGA